GCGUUGCCCUCGCGCAUCAUUCGACCUCCGCGCACCGCAGUCUCGGCAUCACCGCCCUGAACUGUAUACGCGUCCGGGAGCUCGACUCUCGUAGCGACUCGACGAACAGGAUAAGUUAAGCGAGCACAAUGCCUUUCAAACCAGCAGAUAAUCCGAAGUGUCCGAAAUGCGGCAAGUCCGUAUAUGCAGCAGAAGAGCGAGUUGCGGGUGGACUCAAAUGGCACAAGAUGUGCUUCAAGUGCGGACUGUGCCAGAAGUUGCUGGAUUCCACCAACUGUUCAGAACACGAAGGUGAACUGUUUUGCAAAGUGUGCCACGCACGCAAAUUCGGACCCAAAGGCUACGGCUUCGGUGGUGGUGCUGGCUGCCUCUCCAUGGACACCGGUGAUCACUUGCAGGAGAACGCGGGUGUAAGGACAAACGGAGCAUGCUUAGAGCCAAGAGUCAUCGCCAAGGCUCCACCAGGUGAAGGCUGUCCACGUUGCGGUGGCUAUGUCUACGCGGCGGAGCAAAUGUUGGCUCGUGGAAAGGCGUGGCACAGGGAGUGCUUCAAGUGCGGGGACUGCCUGAAACGUCUGGACUCUACCAACUGUUGUGAGGGGCCCGAUAGAGAUAUUUACUGCAAAGUAUGUUAUGGGAAGAAGUUUGGUCCUAAAGGAUAUGGUUACGGAAAAGGAGCUGGUGUUUUGCAGAGUGACCCUUACGCCAAUGGAGGUAUCGGACACGGAGGGAUGUCAUCCCUGGGUCUCAUGUGUGAUGUAAAGGACCUGGAGUGGCAAAGUGAUCAAGCCCCAAAGACAACGGUGAUUGAUACUGCCAGUAUCAAGGCUCCACCCGGCAAGGGCUGCCCACGUUGUGGUGGCGUUGUUUUCGCUGCGGAACAAGUCCUGGCGAAGGGUCGUGAAUGGCAUCGCAAGUGUUUCAAAUGUCGGGAUUGCACCAAAACUUUGGACUCGAUAAUAGCUUGCGAUGGCCCAGAUAGUGAUGUCUAUUGCAAGACAUGUUAUGGCAAGAAGUGGGGACCCCAUGGCUAUGGGUUUGCCUGCGGCUCAGGAUUUCUGCAAACUGAUGGUUUAACUGAGGACGAGAUUUCCGCCAGUCGUCCGUUUUAUAAUCCUGACACUACCUCUAUUAAGGCGCCCAAAGGCCAGGGUUGCCCACGAUGUGGCGGCAUGGUCUUUGCCGCGGAACAACAAUUAGCAAAGGGCACAAUGUGGCACAAGAAAUGUUUCAACUGUGCCGAGUGCCACAGGCCUCUGGACUCUAUGUUGGCGUGUGACGGCCCUGACAGGGAGAUCCAUUGUCGUGCUUGCUACGCCAAAUUAUUCGGCCCUAAAGGAUUUGGCUUCGGUCAUGCUCCAACACUUGUGUCCACGGAUGCUGAACCUACCAUUACAUACACAGAACAACUACCUUUCACUGGACAGAAGGCAGCCAAAGGUCAUGGUUGUCCUCGAUGCGGAUUCCCAGUCUAUGCUGCAGAACAGAUGCACUCUAAGAAUGGCACAUGGCACAGAAGGUGCUUCUCAUGUGCGGAUUGCCAUAGAUCUCUUGAUUCCACCAAUUUAAAUGAUGGACCUAACGGUGAAAUAUACUGCCGAGGCUGUUACGGUAGAAAUUUCGGGCCUAAAGGUGUAGGUUUCGGAAUGGGCGCAGGCACAUUAACUAUGGCUUAGAUAAACUAUGAAGCUGGACUUUAUAGGAUUUAAAUAACAAAUAUAUAGAAAGGUAGCAUGAAAGGAAUUUAAUCUAUUACAUUAUGCUGCUACCCCUCAUCUAUUGAUCUUACCAUUUAUUAAACUGGUUUUAAUAAUGGUUGAUUUUAUCCAAAGAGACUAAUGAAGUAAAUAUGUAGGUAUAUAUAUAUAAUAGAUGUUAUGUAAGUGCAAUAAUUUUAUGAUAGAAAGAUAUAAAUUAAAGGUUACAUUCCUUUCAUAUAUGUACAAAUUGUGAUGAAUGUGUCUGGGCCCUUAGUUUAUAGAUUCGUCAUAAAAUAUUGUAGAAUGUAAGGCGUAUAGACUUAUUGUAGAAAUAAGAAAUUAAACAUAAUAAAAACUAAAAAAAAAUCGAAUUAACUAUUAAAAAUAAAUAAAAAUAAAUAUGGCAUUGUGAUUAUCCUUCACAAAUCACUUAGAUGUUGUGGGGUUAAGAAUCAAAACUAUCCUGUAAACGCGGAUAAGAUUGCAAAUAAGCAAUCGUUUCGACCGACCAGAUCUUAAUGACAAGGUCUGAAGUGUCUUUAAAGCCUGAUCAGAAAAAUAAGAAGUUAUCUUGAGCGUAUCAGCAACAAUUGCCAGUCAUGAUGUAAGGUUUAGGUUUCAGAUUGAUAUUCCAAUUUUGAGCCUAAUUAUAACGCGGUAUUUAGUAUAAUCAUUUUACACUAUGAAAUC